CGCACUCUCACCGAAAUGUAUCCGUGCUCUGCGCACGAGUCGGCCCGCACUGCUGCACGACGCGCCGACCUGCGUGUACGACACUACACUUCUCGUCCACGACUUAGUGAACCGGCAGUAAUGGUGGUGUGCAGUGUAUUCCGCGUGACGUCACGUCUGGCCCGCAGCAGCUUCGGCGCGCAGUGCGGCGCCCGCGCACUCUACAGCACGGACAACAAAGCUCGGUUUUACACAAAGAAGCACGAGUGGGUGUCGGUGAGCGACAACAUUGGCACUGUCGGCAUCUCCAGCUACGCACAGGACGCGUUGGGUGAGGUGGUGUACGUGCAGCUCCCGGAGGUGGGUAAGGAGAUCGCCGCCGGAGACGAGUGCGGCGCCCUCGAGAGCGUCAAGGCAGCCAGCGAAGUCUACAGCCCUGUCUCUGGCACCAUAACAGAAGCAAACAAAGAAGUAGAAUCCAAACCAGCGCUCAUCAACAAAUCUUGCUACGAGGAAGGCUGGCUGUUCCGAGUGAAGCUGGCCAGGCCCGAGGAGCUGCAGCAGCUGAUGGAUCAGGCCACAUACGACAAGUACCUGGAGGAGCACUGACCAGCCACCCAGCUUAGACAUAGGACCGUAUUUAUACUGUUGUUGUAUUCCCUGACAUUCUUCUAAUCACACUAGUUGUAAGUGUUCAUAAUAUAAAAGAAACAUUCAACCUAGCUUUGGAUGUUGCUCCUGACUCCUGACACAAGAUGACCGUGGCUCUCAAUAGAUUUAACUGACCCCUGUGAACAUCUGCUGAAGCUCUCUAUAAUCAUAGUGUGUUAUGUUAAACUAGGUAUCUUAUUACAUGUAAUGUAUUGUGAUAAUUAAAGGUGUCUUUUUGC